AUGAGCCAGGCGGAGUUGUCGGCCCCCCGCGCGGCGCCCAGCCAGCGCGUCUUCCAGGAGGCGGUGCGCAAGGGCAACACGGCCGAGCUGCACUCGCUGCUGCAGAACAUGAGCAGCUGCGAGUUCAACGUGAACUCCUUCGGGCCCGAGGGCCAGACGGCGCUGCACCAGUCGGUGAUCGACGGCAACCUGGAGCUGGUCAAGCUGCUGGUCAAGUUCGGCGCGGACAUCCGCCUGGCCAACCGCGACGGCUGGAGCGCCCUGCACAUCGCCGCCUUCGGGGGUCACCAGGACAUCGUCCUCUACCUGAUCACCAAGGCCAAGUACUCGGCCGCCGGCGGAGGAGGCGGCGCGGGGGGCGGCGGCCGCGGCUGA